CAAUAAUUGGAACAGUGAACAUGGAGACUACUCAUUUGGUCACGGAAUUCAUCACGCAUACUGGAGCUAAUACACAAGACGCCGUCAGCUGUUUGAAAUCUUGGGAAUGGGAUUUGAAGAAAGCGCUAAUCGAUUACAAUGAUACUUCGACUACGGAAUAUUUCAACAACAAGAAAAAUGAAAAUGAAGAUCUAAUGAAAGCACAAUCAUCUGCAUCCACAUCGGUGCCACAUUUGUACGGAUCGGCACAGUCUCCUUCAAUGCUGCCACCGACAACAACGAGAUCGAUGCUAUCGUCGGGUACAUUUAGCAAAGUUCCACGCCAGCAGCAACCGCCACAGCAUAUGCAACAUAUUCAUGAUUCACAAUAUUCAUACGUCACUAACGGUGGUGUGAUCUGCAAGAACGGCACGUUUGGUGAAAGUAAAAGCAGAAUUAGCAAUAGCAGCAAUAACCUAGCGACCGUGCAAAUGCAUUCGCCAUCGGUAAAGCUAUCCACCUCAUCACUGUCUGCGGCCGGGAAGCCGCAUCGCAAUCCAUCGUUUAAUCAUUUUAACAAUACCGGGUCUUCGUCCACCGGGAUUCCGAUGGUGCAUCCUGAGAGCUGCAGCAGCAGCAGCAACAGUAGCAGCGGGGUGAACUACACUUCCGCAGCAUUACACACACCGACCGUACAUCUGAAGCCAAUGCUCAAGAAAGCCGAUUCAAUUGACAUUUUCGAUAGCAAAAAAUUAGAACGAGGAAUUUCACGUGCCACCGAAAAUGUGACAUUGGUUUCGCGUGCCAGACAAGAGUUUGAGAUGGAUUUUCACGCUCACAUUCACGAGCAGAAUGAUAAAAAUUUAAACUUCAUUGAUACGCCGGACUAUACGUUCACGCUGCCUGAUCUGACGAAAUAUACGGACGACUUCCGAAAAUUUCUUGAAAAAGAUCUUAUCGAAAACUCCACCCUCAACUCGUUGGAAGCAACAAACCGGCUGAACUGGUGGUACGAAUCGGGAGCCUGUCGCAAACUGUGGCCACUGGCAACUACGGGCGAUGGCAAUUGCCUGCUACACGCCGCCUCGCUGGCCAUGUGGGGCUUUCACGAUCGACGUUUAACGUUGCGCCGUACGCUGCAUGACAUCCUGUCGAAGGAAGAAUUUCGUGACGCUCUUUAUCGGCGGUGGCGAUUCCAGCAGACGCGCGUCAACAAGCAGGCAGGCUUUGUGUUCUGUGAAAGCGAGUGGGCCAAAGAAUGGGAAGAAAUUGUAGCCAUCGCAUCGCCCGAACCGAGACGCAAUUCGAAAAGCACCGGUCCCUCCCGACGUCGAUCUCUGCUGAUUGAGAAAAACUUUGACGCCAUCACUGGUGGGCCGAGUACGGCGGCGAACAGUGAACGGGAAGAUGAAAAUGCUACUUACGAAAGCUUGGAAGAGAUCCAUGUACUAGCACUAGCGCAUAUUCUGCGACGCACGAUCAUCGUGGUUUCCGAUGUGUUUCUAAGGGACAUUAAUGGGGAAGCAUUUUCACCUAUACCGUUCGGUGGUGUGUAUUUGCCGUUCGAAGUACCGUCGAACGAAUGUCACCGAGCGCCGUUGCUGCUGGCGUACGAUAUGGCACACUUUUCGGCGUUAGUAGCGAUGGAAGCGAGUAACGAUAGUCCUCCGGCAUUAAUACCGUUGGUGGAUGAAAUGAAUCAGCUGCUUCCAAUACAGUUUUGCAUUGAUCCGGGGAGGGAUUUCAACUGGAGCGAAUACGACGGUAGCGACGGAAACUGGAUACUUACGGAUCGUGAGCAUAUAGCGCUGUUGAAAGAAUAUCUCGACAUAGUCCAUGCUACCGGCAUCGAAAGUCCGGACGAUGAGAUCUACUACGAUGAUUACUCCGAUGAUGAGUAUGAGAAGAAAAUUGCGGAAGGUGAAAUAGUAUUCACAUCGGACGAGAAUUACAAUCAUAACGUUAGUACAACGAUACCGUCGGCGGGCACUAGUGCAGCGACUACAUCCUCGACGACGACGACGACGACGGCGAGUAGCACUCCAGUUGGUGGAGGAACAAUUGCUUCCAUGACGGCUUCCAACCAAUCGUUACCCGCCGGUGGCAGUGGGAAAGAUGCUGGAGGCAAAAGUAAAGCGGCAAAGCAACUGCAAAGCGUUGCGAAACAGUUUGGUAGCAUUGGCAAAUCGAUGAGCCGUAAGUUGCGUAAAAACAUUGGUUCGAUUACACGGAUCGGUAGUAAGAAUAGUCACAGCGGCAGUAGCACGAGUGGAGCGAACGGUAAAAAGUCUCACUAUCACGAUAAGAGCAAUUUCCGGAGCGAGUACCCGAGGUUUCGUAUUUUGUGUGCACAGUUAAAGUCUCGUCGUCACGAGUACCAGGAAGAGAUGAUAAAGAACUAUCUCGAGUGCGCUCAGGAGCGUUACCUGGAAGCGGAGAAGAUGCGCGAUCGGAAGGAAAUCGAACGCCUUACCAAGUAUGUGGCAGAGGUAGGGCAGUUGCACCGUGAACACGAGCUUGAGUACGCGGGAGGAGAUGCAGGUGUCGCGGAUCUAUCCGAACUGGAUGGAGGCGCACCGGUUAACUGUAUCAAUGCCGGGUGUCUCAACUACGGUACGGCGGCGACCAGUUAUAUGUGCCUAGAAUGCUAUGAAAUGCAAUGCAAACGUGAGUCAUCGAACACGAAAUGUAACGUCGAUCCGAUGGACUAUACCCCUCGCUAUGGGACGGGAAAGUCCAAAUUUUACACCGAAGCUGAUAUGGAUGCUCACGAUCGGAUACAGAAGCUACCGUCGGCAAGACGAUUGAAUGAUCUCGAUCAAACGCUCUAUCUAUCGCGAUCUACGUUCUACAAUGAUACUAAACCGGACGAUAUCCACUUGCUGGCGGGUUACAAGCAGAGUGUGUUGGAGCAGACGCCUCACGCAGCAGCGCUUGUUAGGCAAAAUUCUCACCCGCAACAGCUUCAUCACCAUCAUCAUCAUCACCAUCACCAGCAGCAUCAGCAGCAACACCAUCAGCCUCACUAUCUGAGAGGAGAAGAGGUGACCAAACAGUUACACCAAGCUACCGCCACGUGUAUGGAAUAUUCUACCAGUGCCAAACCACCGACCGGUCCAUCAUCUUCCGGCUCAACAACUUCCAGCUCUAGUGGGAUUGUUGCAUCCGUUUAUUCACCGGGCGGAACUGGACUCGGCGGGAGUCACAGUUCGAGCACACCGUACACCACUCGUACCGGAGCGGUGUGUGUGGUAAAUCUUCCACCAGUAUCGGGCAGUGGUACAGAUGGCACCGGUCAGUUUACAAGCAGCCACAAUGGCAUACCAUUAGCGCACGGUACAGCGGCUACUGGUAUGGCUAAUGAAGCCAUACGAUCGAUGCAUCCUUUUUCGUCAUCGUCGUCCUCGUCCUCUAUAGGUGUUGGGGUUGGCGGUGGCAGUGGACACCAAACAUCACCGCCGAUCGUAAACAGUAGUCAUUAUGGCAAGAAUCAGCUAUGCCGCACAGAAGGAUGUAAAUUCUAUGGUAGCAUCAAUACUAAUUUCUACUGCUCCAAGUGUUGUCAAGAGUACAACAUUUAAAGUUGCUGCUA